AUGUCCGAGAAAACACAACCUCGUAAAAGACUUAUCGUCAAGCUCAGUUAUCCUCCUGGUUCAAGAAAACGUGAUUCAAAUUCUUGCGCCACAGAUGAAAACAAGAGAAGGAAGAUUCAAGAUUCUGUGAAACCAGUCGUAACCUGUUAUUGGGUUGAUUCAAAUUAUCAAACCAAAUCAACAGCUUUGUCUCAAACAAAGGAUAGUAACAUUGUUGUUGAAAACAAGAAGAUCAUCAAGAACCAAGUUUCCAACACAGUUACGUCUCAAACAAAGGAUAGUAACAUUGUUGUUGAAAACAAGAAGAUCAUCAAGAACCAAGUUUCCAACACAGUUACGUCUCAAACAAAGGAUAGUAACAUUGUUGUUGAAAACAAGAAGAUCAUCAAGAACCAAGUUUCAAAAACAGAAAUAGGUUUUAAUGGUUUGAAAGAAAGUUCAAAACUUUGUUCCAAAACAGCGUCUGUGACAAGAGGUGAAGAAUGUGGGUUGAAGGAACCGAUGGAUGGUGUUAAGAGGAGGCAAUGUUGGUUGAUAUUAAAGAGGAUGUUGGUAGAUAGAGAUGGUUGGGAUUUGAAAGAUCCUCCAAAAAUAGCAAAGUCUGAUAAGUGUAAGAUAAAGGCAAUAGGUUUGAAGGAAAUAGAGAGAAAAAUGAGGUUGUAUGCAACAGAGGAUGAGUUUGCUAGCGACAUGAGGCUUGUGUUCUCUAAUGCAAUGGUAACGUAUCCUCCAAGGAAUCAUAUUUACCAAAUUGCAAAAAAGUUCAGUGACACUUUUGAACACAAAUGGAAGUCAUUGAAGGAUAUGUGGGAACUUGAGGAUACAAAAAGAAGCAACACUCACAAAAGAUACUAA